CGUCUCUUGGUGUGCCGUAGAAAACAGGGGAGAGAUCAUUAUUUGGAUCAGCUGAAAAUGAAAAUGGAAAGUACUCCGUUCUAUAUACUCCCAUAACUGAAGAAGAAGAAGAAGAAGCUCAAGGGUCAUAUCCUGUUCCGACGAAGAAGAAGAAGAAGAAGAAGCAUGGAGCUCAAGCCUGGCCUAUCGGCUUUGGUCACCGGCGGCGCCUCCGGAAUCGGCAAAGCACUUUGCUUGGCACUUGCUCAAAAGGGAGUCUUCCUCACCAUCAUUGAUUUCUCUGCGGAGAAGGGAAAUGAGGUUGCAUCUCUGGCAGAGAAAGAGAUUUCUAAAUUCCAUGGUGAUUUGGAGUUUCGGCCUGCCACAUUUAUCAAAUGUGAUGUUACCAAGAGAGGAGAACUAAAAUCGGCUUUCGAGAAGCACUAUGAAACUUAUGGAGGGCUGGACAUCUGCAUUAACUCUGCAGGAUUGGCAAGUAGUGUGCCUUUCUAUAAGGACCAAACUGAUGGAGAUAAUACUUGGAGGCACACACUUAAUGUUAACUUCAUUGCUGUUAUUGAUUGCACUAAAUUUGCCAUCCAAAUGAUGCAAAACACACGAAAGCCCGGUGUGAUCAUAAACUUGGGCUCUGCUUCAGGACUGUAUCCAAUGUAUUUCGACCCUAUCUAUUCUGGUUCAAAAGGGGGUGUUGUCAUGUUCACGAGAUCACUUGCUCCAUACAAACGUCAAGGUAUACGCGUGAACGUGCUUUGCCCUGAGUUUGUUCAAACUGACCUGGCUUCAAAGGUGAAUCAAGACUAUAUUAAUCACAUAGGAGGGUAUGUGCCAAUGGACAUGGUUGUGAAAGGUGCUUUUGAACUUAUCUCAAAUGAGAACAAGGCAGGGUCAUGUCUUUGGAUUUCCAAUCGCAGAGGAUUGGAGUAUUGGCCAACUCCAGCUGAAGAAGCAAAAUACCUUAUUCAUUCUUCUAAAUUGAGGAGAAUAACUUCAACAUUUGUCCGACCAAAUUUUCAAAUUCCGCAAAGCUUUGAGAAGAUAGUUGUUCAUACUUUGAGUCACAAUUUCCGAAGUGCCACACGAGUUGUGCGUGUGCAAUUGAAAUUGCCCCUCAAACCACACCAUGUUCUUAUUAAGGUCAUUUAUGCUGGUGUCAAUGCUAGUGAUGUCAAUUUUAGCUCUGGCCGUUACUUCAGUAAUGAUAAAGAUCUUGCUUCCCACCUUCCAUUCGAUGCUGGAUUUGAGGCUGUGGGGAUAGUUGCUGCGAUUGGUGAUUCUGUAAGAGGUUUGAAGGUCGGCACUCCAGCUGCCAUUAUGACAUUCGGUGGCUAUGCUGAAUUCGCCAUGGUACCAGCCAAACACAUCCUUCCAAUUCCAAGACCCGAUCCAGAAGUAAUUGCAAUGCUUACGUCUGGACUCACAGCAUCAAUUUCUUUAGAAAAGGCUGCUCAAAUGGAAUCGGGAAAGGUGGUACUUGUUACUGCUGCUGCUGGAGGUACGGGGCAAUUUGCCGUGCAGCUUGCAAAGUUAGCUGGAAAUACCGUGGUUGCAACUUGCGGAGGUAAUGAAAAGGCCAAUUUGUUAAGAGACUUGGGUGUCGAUCGUGUAAUUGACUACAGAAAAGAGGAUAUAAAAUCGGUUCUGAAGAAGGAAUUCCCAAAAGGAGUUGAUAUUGUGUAUGAGUCCGUUGGUGGUAAAAUGUUUGACUUAUGCCUGAAUGCUUUAGCAGUUUAUGGUCGACUUGUUGUCAUUGGAAUGAUUUCUCAGUAUCAAGGAGAGCAUGGUUGGAAACCACAAAACUACCCUGGAUUAUGUGAAAAGCUUCUGGCUAAAAGUCAAACUGUGGCCGGGUUUUUCCUAGUGCAGCAUGCCCAUCUUUGGCAAGAGCAUUUGAGUAGGUUGAUAUAUCUUUUUUCGUCUGGAAAGCUGAAAGUUGUCAUAGAUCCUAAAACAUUUGUGGGCAUCCCUUCUGUUGCUGAUGCUGUCGAGUAUCUUCAUUCCGGUAAAAGCACUGGCAAGGUUGUUGUUUGCAUUGAUCCGUCGUUCAGCCAACAGGUCGCUAAGCUGUAAACGCGCCGCACCCUUAUUUUCUCUUUUUUGGCAAAAUUGGGAGUAGUAAGUGCACAUUUUCGGAAAAGAAUAAGAAAUGAUAAAAGAUGAAAACAAUGCACUUAUCAAAAGUCAUUAAGGUUUUCAUUAGCAAGACCGAUAUUCAAUAAUGUUAUUCGUUAUGAAAAUUGUUAGCGUUGUUUUUUCGUGCCAAUAGAAUGAAGCGAAAAUUAGCAAGACCGAUAUUCAAUAAUGUUAUUUGUUAUGAAAAUUGCUAGCAUUGUUUUGUCGUGCCAAUAGAAUAAAGCGAAAACUAAAAU